UCAGAUCUUAUGCUUUCUGAUAUUCUCUAGCUCUGCAUAUCUUGCUCUAUAUAGCAAAGCUUGCUUCAUCCAUCCACAACAAUGGUUUCAGGCGCAGCAGGCCUUAAGGCAGCGGCCGCCUUUGCCGCUCUCGCGGUGCUGGUCAUGUCUUCCCAGGGGCAUCCGAGGAAGAAGCCCUUAUGCAGCGACUGUGGAUCGCUGUGCAAUGCCAACUGCACUGCCAUGGUUGCCGAAAAGUGCAGGAAUGAGUGCAGCUUCCAGUUCGCUUGCGACCAAUGCAAAUCCCAGGUCCACCAGUCCUGCUGCCAGAACUUCUGCAGCAGUAGCAAUGGCACAAGUAGCUAUUCCUGCUGCCCUAACGGCUGUGUGGGCGCCGACUGCGCGACCUGCAGCUGUGACUACUGCGACACCGGCUUUGAAAAUAGUUGCACGUCCCCCUGCAGCGACCGAUACUGCAUGCUUUGCACAUGGGGGAUUCAAGAACAGUGCUUGCCCUCUUGCGUCAGCGACUGCAACAAUAACUGCGUGAAGAAAGAUUGUUGAAGAUUCCUUGCGCACCUAUCUAUACAUGUAUUGAUGUGUGGGUCUUAGUUACUCCCUAUCAGUCGUGUUUGUCUGUUUAAUUCAACCUAUAGAUCGAUCACCUUUUUUGGUUACCCUAAUGGACUUUCUAUGUGCAUGUACUUUUAUUAGCCACGUCAAGGCUGGUUUUGAGAGUGCUUAGCCGCCUCCAUGAAAUUUCGAAACAUGUUAUCCUUUUUCUUUUUCUUUUUCUUUUUCUUUUUGCAGGGAAACCCGUUCCCCUUCUUCUCUAGGAUCUAAAUAUUUUAGGGAAAAUAUUCUAUUUGUACAUGCUGAUGAGGUGAUCACCCAUUAUUCUU